GUCAGCUAGGAAACAUCUGCUCUGCGACUGUGAAGUGAAGUUAUUUCCUUUGACGGCCGCAACCAAGAACCGUACCGUACCGUCUUGAGGUGUCUGAUAACGGUAUAGUCGGGUCCUUUGCAUGGACCACCACGGUUUCGUCUCGUCUUGGCUCAUCGUUAUUGGUCUGGCGCUCUGUGCCGAAGCUCAGUGGGACUGCGUUAAUGUAUUUACACGACAGUACAACGGGACGGCGGGCGGGGCGUGCGCCAAGAAUGCCUACGGGCUCGAUGACUGCUUCGAAUGUCUGCCCUGGGCAAAUGUCUCGGACAUGAAGUACGGGCCGGGGAACUAUCCGAACUCAGAUUUGGUGGAGAACUAUUGCCGUUUCGUUGGUACCCGCUACGGUCCAAGUUGCUACGUACAGAGAUCAACCAGCAUCCGCAUCUUUUAUUGUUCGAACUUAACUCCAUGCCACGCUCACUCAGGCUGUGUGACCGGUGACGGAGCAGACUACCGUGAUAUGGCGAUGUAUACAGAGAGUGGUCAUAGCUGUCUGCCAUGGGAUAACAUGACAAGUCAGGAUGCCAAUCCAAUGUUGUAUCCGGAUGCAGGUUUAGACUCAAACUUCUGCCGAAAUCCAGACAACAGCAGUCGACCCUGGUGCUACUUCAGAGAUCCAGGCAAUAUGCAAAUUAGGAGAGACUUUUGCCCAAUCGCCGUCUGUGAAUCGGACGCCCUGACAAAGUUCCAGCGUCACUUUAAGACGUACAUCCCGUCCCACAACCGCAAGUACGUACUGGGCUGGUGGGAAGAGCUGACGGCAGAGGACUGUGCCCGUCACUGCCUCGAGGAGACGUCGUUCGUGUGCCGGUCCUUCGAGUAUAGGGAGGUGUACUACGCCAACAAUCGGCGAUGCAUCCUGACUGAUCAGAGUCUACAUACGUUGGAUACAUACCGGACUCCUACGACUGGGAUUGCUAUAGACUUGUUCACAAGGAUCGAUACAGUGUGUGAUGCUUACCAAGCAAAUGCGGUUCCAGAUGAGUGCCCUCUACUUCUCGGAAUGGAGGCCGGCUCGAUCCCGGAUGCCUACAUCUCGGCCUCCAGUUUCGCUACUACUGACCACCUGCCGGCAUUCGGUCGCCUCGGCAACCACUCGUACUGGAAGCCCGAUGUGAACGACACCUCCCCCUGGCUGCAGGUAUGCUUUCCAGAGAGGAUGAUUGUGUCCGGGGUCGUCGUGCAAGGUGGGGGAGACGAGGACCAGGCUGGCUGGGUGGAGAACUUUGAGUUGGAUUACUCACAGGAUGGGGAUUACUGGUGGAAGUAUAGAGAUUUCCAAGAGUUUGUUGACGUUCCGCCCAUUAUAGCGUUCAGAGCGAAUGGAGAAACAUCUUGUGCUAGGCCGGUGAUCCUCCCGAGUGCAGUCCGAGCCAAAUGUGUAAGAAUAAUCCCCACUCUCUGGAACCACAAUCUUCACCCCACUCUCUGGAACCACAAUCUUCACUUACGAAUUGACUUGGUCGGAUGCUUAGACAAUGACUGUGAUAAAGUCUUAGGAUUGUCCACAGGUCUGGUGUCGGACUCCCAAAUCACCUCCUCCAGUAGCGCGAAUGAGACAAACUCAUCCAAGACUGCACGACUCAACCCGCUGCAUGACUCGGGGACCGGCUGGGUUCCACGUGCCAGCGACCAUCAACAAUGGCUGCUGGUGGACCUCAAACGCAGACACACCAUAAAGGCAGUGCUGACACAGGGUUGCGGAAAUGGGAAAUUAUGGGUGACACUCUUCAAGAUGUUCCAUGGAGAUUCGGAGGACGGACUGUAUCCUUAUUUGGAUCAAAAUAGUCGUCCAAAGGAAUUCAUGGCCAAUUCUGAUCAGCACACCAUCGUCAGAAAUGAGCUCCACCCUGAGAUAGUUGCUCGUCUUGUCCAGAUCAUGCCAUUUAUGUGGCACCCAGACGGUAUUGGUCUUCGCCUUGAACUCGUCGGGUGUGUCUAUCUCAGUUGCGGUACACGUCUCGGUGUAGAGUCAGGUCUCAUCACAGCCGAUCAGCUCUCAGCAUCAACAACCUUCAGUUCCUCCCCCGUAGCCAACGGACGUCUCCACCUUGAAACAAGUUUCGAGUCGGGCGAGAGACCCUACAGCUGCUGGGGUCCAAGGCACGAACAAGGUGUCGCCGAAUGGUACCAGGUAGAUCUGGGUGCCAUGCACACCAUCACUGGGGUCAUAACCCAGGGGGAUGGGGAUAUAUGGAGGCACUACUGGGUGGAGGAGUACAAAGUGCAGUGGUUGGUACCCGGUGCAGCUCAGGCUGAUCAGGUGUUCCGUACGUACAGAGACUUGGAAGGGAGCGAUAUGAUUUUUGCAGGGAACAGUGACCAGAAUUCUGAAGUUCGCAAUAAUCUGGACAGGCCGUUCAUAACCCGGCGAGUACGCAUUCUGCCACACUCAUGGCACAAUAUCACGGCGUGCUUCCGAGUUGAGGUCGUAGGUUGUUUGCUAGAAGGUAUUGGAAGAGUUUGUGGUAACCGUAACCUUGAGCUUGGUGGUUACUGCUUGGGAUCCGUAGACAGCCAGGAUCAGCUGGCAUGCGACCAGAUAUUCAGUGUGGGCAGUGGGCCGCUGAUUGUCAACUCAGCCGAUCAGCAGAAUGUGCUUUGGGAUAAUAGGAAUACACUUCAGAUCCAGAGUCAACACAGGUACCUGAUUGGUCUAAGUCUACGUCUCACCCAAGGCAGUACCAUAUAUGAAUGGGUCGAUGGCACGCCCCUCACAUUCCAUAAAUUCAGAUGGCCUCUUGAUAAUUACAACCAUACGUUUGAUUACUGCGUUUCCAUGGAUAUGGAGGAUCUGUUUUACUGGAGGGAGGAUGAGUGUAACUCGGAGCUUGUCAGGAGGGCACAGAUUUGCCAAAUCGAUAUUGAUGAGUGUAUAACGACCCAUCAUGGCUGUUCCCAUUACUGUACCAACACCCCAGGGUCAUACUUCUGUAGUUGCCCACAGGGUUAUCAGCUGAAUCAAACAGACCUGAAAACAUGUAUAGAUAUUUGCCAAUCUCAGGAGCGUAAUCAGACGUCCAACUAUUUUGAGGGAGGUGGACACAGCUGCUACAGUAUCUCAGACCACAAUGCUAACUGGACUGAGGCCAUUGAUGUGUGUCAAGAAACCGACAGUCAUCUACUCUAUGCUCAUCAGAGCACCUUGCUGCUGUCCAGUACAAAUCAGACAGGACCGAUGUCCUGGGUUCAAGCUGAUGCCAAUGAAACCACAGUAGACUCCUGUCUCGUUGUUGUCAAGAAUGGCAGUGGUGUUGUCAAGGCCGAGGAAGCCGUUUGCUCGGAGGAACUUCCAUUUAUCUGUCAAAGAGAGUAUGCCGAUGUAAAGUGUAAUAGUCUAUGGGCAGCUAAUAGAAGCCGUGUAGACACUGAUCAUAAGGAGGGUGUGAUCCAAUCAUUAAGCUAUGGACCAUGGUAUGAUGCCGGCUCUACGUGUACAGUUCAUAUACAAGGCCCUGAUGUCUAUAAAGUCAGAAUUGUUAUCUUAAGAAUGGUCCUGAGGAAGGUGACGCCAGGGAACAGUCAAAUCUCCCGUUGUGUGGACCAGCUUGAAGUCAUUGAUGACAUUCCAAAUUUUGGGCAUGUCAUAAGAGGGCAGUAUUGCGGGAUGCUGAGCGAUGUUGAGGUCGUGACCAAGUCGAGCAAUGUUGACGUGGUGUUUACCAUAGGUCAGCUGAGCGCUGACAUGCCUAGGCAGUUGGGUUUCACCGCCAGCUUCAAGUUGAUAAAUUGCAGUGAGGAAGAGUGCAGCUCAGAUUGUGGGGCUAACUCCACCAUGCUAACCUCCCCAGAGGGCACCCUGGCCACCAAGGGCUUCCCCGCUCGCCUUCCACCGUUCAGCACCUGCAUUUGGCACAUCAAGGUCUCAAGAGGGAGCUUCGUCCAGCUCGCCUUCCCCGAUUUCAGGGUCACGAGAGACACCGGAACCCAGGAGUGCGUUGAUUCCGUUCUCGUAACAACUUUUGAAGAAUUGAGAGUGAUUGAAAGAGGUUCUGGCGAGAGGAUUUGUGGAAUCCCGCCUCCGGUUAUCUUAUCGGAGUCUGAAGAGUUGUUGAUUGUUUACAGGACGGGGCUGGACGUCCUGUCAGAGGGUUUUAGGGCGGUGUACUCCUCUACAACUCUGCCUGGUUGUGGUGUGGGUCUCCAUAUGACCGAGGAGGCCCUGCUGUGCCACUUCCCUGCAGCCGUCCUCGCCUCCAUCAACCACCCAAGACCCUACCUGCCCAACACCCGCUACUCAUGGACUAUCCUCACCGCCAGCUCCACCUACGUACAACUCACUUUUCAAACCAUCGACCUUCCAUCCUCGCACAGUACCUGUGACCAGGACCACAUUAACGUCUACGACGGUGCCGGUAACACUGACGAGGAGCUCGGUGAAUUUUGUAGCUCCAGGAAGCCGUCCGGGCCAGUAUUGGCCAGCAUGAAUCGAAUGUUUCUGACCUUUGAAACUCACGAGGAGUCAGGGGGGACUGGGUUUAUGGCCAACUAUCACGCGGUCAACUUCCAGCCGAAGGUUUCGUUGAGAAGUCCAUAUGAUGAUGAAUGCUCAUGCCAGGAAGGAUGGGCUGAAUACUUUGGCAACUGCUAUCGUUUUCAUAACGACACCGAUGCCCUGAGGUGGAAAGACGCAGAAAGGUUGUGUAAAGAGGAGGGCGCCCUCCUGACGAGUAUCGCAGACUACGCUGAGAUGAACUUCCUUCACUUCAUGUUGACGUCUGAUUGGUUCACCCAAGAGCGGGCAACAUAUAUAGGCCUACAGGAUGUUGAGAAUGAGGGUCACUUCCGCUGGGUGGACGAGCGCCCACUUAGCUACUCAGAUUGGAAAGUAACUAGGCUUGGCUACACGCAACCAGAUGGUUUAGUCCUUGAGGAUUGCUCCUUGAUUAAUAUGCACAGUUUACAUUCUACGCAAAACUGGGAGGACAUUCCUUGCUCACAGAGAGCAGCCAGUCAGUACAUCUGCAAGAAAGCUGCCAAGACGUCGGAUGGAUCAAACUUUUCAGCGUUGGAACCUCUUGGAAAUCUCCAAACAAAAGAAUGCCCCAUUGGAUUCUCCCUAUCGGCUGGUAUGUGUGCUAGUCUUAUCCUGUCCCCCGUCGGGGGCAAUGUCAUGCUCGCCUCGGAUCCAACAGAGCCAAGCUGCCUGUCCGACACCCUAGUUACUCCCGACCUUGCCCUCGCCAUGCUGUACCACAUCAAGCAUGUCUGGAUCAACGCAACGUCCCUAGAGCAGGACGGUAACCACGUUGGUAUCGGGCGGGGCUUGGACGGGGAUCUUUGGGAUAGCAAAAUGGAGGGAGAGGAUGUUGGAUGCGAGACAGUGAUGUACUUGGAGGGGCGUUGGGUUCUUGAGAGUCAUGUAUCUUGUGAUACGCUGGUGGCUGGUGUAGUCUGCUAUCGGCAACCAAAAGAUGUAAUACCACACUGUCCUGACUCUAUGUACCGUUGUGAGAGCGGUGAAUGCAUUAAUCCUGUGUAUGUGUGUGAUGGCCUCAUUGACUGUAAUGACUCCAGUGAUGAAACAAGAUGCAAUGACGGUAUCUCCGAUGAUACUAUAUUUCAAGACUGCAACAGUGGAUUGUUCCAUUGUGCUGGAGGAGGUUGUAUAUCUGUAUCGUUCUUGUGUGAUUUUAUCGACCACUGCCCGGAUGGUUCGGACGAGACACAUUGCCAAUAUCCUGAAUCUAUCUUGUCUGGUUUCCACUGUUCUUCCAAUGACCAGUACAUACCAAUUGAAGCCCAGUGCAACUUGCUACCUGACUGUCUUGAUGGAUCAGAUGAAACAAACUGUGACACUUGUAGCUCUGGAUUCCAGUGUUAUGACAGCACCUGUAUACCUCAUCGUGCUUUGUGUGAUGCAGUGCAGGAUUGCCCAGGCUUCAUACGGGAAGAUGAAGUAGGAUGUGCCUACCUCCUUUCGCCAGACUUCACCUGCGGAGAGAACCAGCUACCCUGCAACAAUGGCGCCUGUGCUGACAUGGCUCACUGGUGUGUCUAUGACUUUGACAAGUUCGGGUACCAGACUGGAUGUCGGGAUGUCACUCAUCUCAGGUUUUGUGAGCAUUUUGAGUGUAAUGCCUCCAUGUACAAGUGCCCGCGGUCCUAUUGCAUUCCAUUGCAUCGGCGCUGCAAUAACGUGAAUGACUGUCCAAAUGGCGAAGAUGAACUAUUGUGUGAGCACUUCCGCUGUCCAGAAGGAAGCUACCAAUGUCAUGGACAUCAAGUGUGUGUGACGGAGGACAAGAUCUGCAAUGGAGUCAAAGAAUGUCCUCAAGAUGACGAUGAACUGUUCUGUGAUGUGAUCUGCCCAUCUGGAUGUGAGUGCACCGGACUCUCUUUCAUAUGUGUUGAUACAGACUGGAAUCAGACUAAGGCAGAAGUCUUGCCCAGUUCUUUACGGAGACUUGUCUUGAACAAUGCCAAUGCAGAUGCUGAUUCUACAUUGAGAGUACGUCGUGAGGCACUCAUGGCAGUGACAGUCAACAACACACUCUUCCUUCAAUUUGGGAGGUUCCCUUUUCUCUAUGAUCUAGAUUUGUCUUGGAAUGGGAUUGAGAUUUUGGAACCUCCGAUGUUUGGCCAGCAAAUGAAUCUAGUCUCUCUGUCGCUGGCACACAACAGACUUGAUAAUCUGGAGCCUCAUACAUUCGAAGGGCUUAGUUCGCUACAGGUUCUGGAUUUAUCGGGUAAUCCACUUGUACAGAUUCAACGGGACGCAUUUCAGCACCUCCAUCUUCUACCUAACCUUGACCUUCAUGGAUUGGAACUCAGGCAUGUGUACCAAGGAUCCUUCAAUGGGCUAGAUUCACUUCAGCACCUCGACAUCAGCAAUAACAAUCUGACAGAGCUUGAAGCUGGAACUUUGAGAGGCCUGACUGGACUGAUAAGCUUAGAUAUGAGCAACAAUAGCCUGAAACAUUACCCUCCGGAUUUAUUUAGUGAUCUAUCAUCCCUGGAGACAUUGCAUUCAGACAAGUAUCUGUUUUGUUGCAUGGUGGAUGGCCUGAAGGAGUGCACCCCGGAACCAGACCAAUUUUCAUCCUGUGAGGACUUAAUGCGUAACGAGGUCCUCCGCAUCUUCAUCUGGAUCCUUGGCUUGAGCGCCUUCUUGGGGAACCUCUUUGUGGUGGUUUGGCGUAACCGCAACAAGCAACGUUUUCGGGUCCAGAGCUUCCUGAUUCUUAACCUUGCCGUUUCCGACUGCUUCAUGGGCGUCUACAUGCUGAUCAUUGCCAGCGCCGACGCGUACUUCAGGAAUAUUUACAUUUAUCACGCGGACAACUGGAAGGGAAGCACUCUUUGUAAGAUCGCUGGCUUCCUCUCCGUCUUCUCUAGCGAGGGGUCUGUCUUCACUCUCACAGUCAUCACCCUAGAUCGCUUCCUCUGUAUUUUGUUUCCCUUUGGGCGGCUUCGCCUCGGACGGAAGUCCGUCAAGUUUGUCAUCGCCGGUGGAUGGCUGUUUGCCUUCUUGCUGAGCGGGAUCCCAACGCUUGGAUUACCGUAUUUCGGUGAGCAUUACUACGGGCGUACCAGCGUGUGCCUUUCUCUUCCCCUGACGUCCGACAAGGCGCCGGGCUGGGAGUACUCCAUCACCAUAUUCCUUGGGGUGAACCUGGUCAGCAUCAUCACCAUCUUAGUCUGCUACAUUGCGAUCUACAUCUACGCCAAGCGUUCAGCCAAGCAGAUCCGCUCGACGCAGGGUGCCUCGAAGGAGCUCAAAAUGGCUAUGAAGACUUUUUUGAUCGUUGCGACGGACAUGUGCUGUUGGUUUCCCAUCGUUAUCAUGGGGUUCCUAUCGCUAUCCGGAGCCGUUGUGAUACCGCCGACGGCGUAUGUCUGGAUUGCCGUCUUUGUUUUACCAAUCAACUCAUCCAUCAAUCCGUAUUUGUACACUAUCUCCUCUAUUGGGCUUCCCAAACUAGCGGAGGUUUCCCAGAACUACAGAUCGCAACGAUGUCGGUGCCAGAACAAUAGUGUUUUGAAUAGUGAUAUUGCUUUAAGCACUUGUCGUAGGUCAAACAAUAACUCACCACCUACAGGUGCCACACCCAUCUCGACACCAACAGUGAGACGGAAAACGCCCUCGUGUGGCAGGUUUGUCCUGUCGGAGCUGCUCUAUUCUCCCGGGACCAGUGACCCAUCACUGAGACUCAACGAUAAAGACUUGGGUUGCAUCAAUACAGAUCUUGGGGAUGCGCUGAGGAUCUUACAUGACAAAGGAUUGCACCUUUGCGGAAGUAUAGAGAAGGCGGUUGUCUUGGAAAGAUUGCCAACAGAGUUAGAGUGGCACGCAAACCUUCUCCUUCCACGGUCAUCCCAAGGUACUAUUGACCACAAGCCAGACGAAGAAGUUUUACGUGAAGACGAGCAGAAGCUUAAAGUCGUGGUGCAGCAACUGCGAAACAAAUUCCACCAGUCCAAGUUGAGUCCACUCCGAAAUAACAUCAAUCUCACGUAACCUUCAGCGCAGGGCCCUGAGGCUGCCGUGGAUUGUUUGGGCUGCACUGCAAAAACCGGAGGGUUCAAAUAUACACUUUGGGUGUUUAAGAUAUAAAAACAAAGUAACUGCAAAAGUUAUCACUUAUUUCUGCCAUAGCAUCUACAUUGGUGUUAUUUUAUCACUUAUUUCUGCCAUAGCAUCUACAUUGGUGUUAUUUUAUCACAUAUUUCUGCCAAAGCAACUACAUUGGUGUUAUUUUAUUAUUUAUUUCUGCCAGAGCAUCUACAUUGGUGUUACUAUUGGUGUUAUUUUACUACCCUAUAUGAUGUUGAUUCAUUCUGUCUACACCUACAUCUAUGAUAGUUUACGUCAAAGCAUGUUUAGCAACUGGAGAAGCAAUGAAGAAGUUUCUGUUGUAGAUGUGG